AUACUAGGAUCCGAUCCUAUCCUGCCCUCAUAGAACGGAAGAGAAGUGUCGUGUGGUAGCUAUUGUGAGCGAGGGAGAGAGAGCAACAACAACCAUAGCAAUAGCAUUAGCAAUAGCAUAACUAAUUAGAAAAUGAAGGCCAUCGUAAUUACGAGUCCUGGUGGUCCUGAAGUGCUGCAACUCCAAGACGUUGAAGAUCCCCAACUCAAAGACGACGAGGUUCUGAUCCAAGUCCAUGCCACCGCUCUUAACAGAGCCGAUACUCUUCAGAGGAAAGGCUCUUACCCUCCCCCUCAAGGUGCUUCCCCUUAUCUUGGUCUCGAAUGUUCUGGAACCGUCUUAUCCCUCGGCAAAAACGUUUCCAAGUGGAAAAUCGGCGAUCAGGUUUGCGCUCUUCUCGCCGGUGGUGGAUAUGCUCAGAAAGUUGCUGUUCCUGCUGGUCAACUUCUUCCCGUUCCACCUGGAGUUUCUCUCCAGGAUGCUGCUAGUUUCCCUGAGGUCGCAUGCACUGUUUGGUCUACUGUUUUUAUGAUGAGUCGUCUAUCUCAUGGAGAAACCUUAUUGAUUCAUGGAGGUUCCAGUGGAAUUGGUACAUUUGCAAUUCAGAUAGCUAAAUAUAUCGGAGCAAGAGUCUUUGUUACUGCAGGCAGUGAGGAGAAACUAGCUUUUUGCAAGAGUAUUGGGGCUGAUGUGGCCAUCAAUUACAAAACACAAGACUUUGUUGCCAGGGUGAAAGAAGAAACUGAUGGUCAAGGUGUUGAUGUUAUUCUUGAUUGUAUGGGAGCAUCCUACUACCAAAGAAAUCUUGAUAGCUUGAAUUUUGAUGGAAGGCUCUUUAUUAUUGGCUUUCAAGGAGGGGUUUCUACACAAGUAGAUCUCCGACCUUUAUUAGCCAAGCGUCUUAAUGUUCAAGCGGCUGGCUUGCGUAAUAGAACUCCUGAAAAUAAAGCUGUGAUUAUUAGUGAAGUGGAGAAAAAUGUUUGGCCUGCAAUUGCAGAAGGAAAGGUUAAGCCUGUGGUCUACAAAACUUUCCCUCUUUCCGAAGCUGCAGAAGCUCACCGACUUAUGGAAAGUAGCCAGCAUAUUGGGAAGAUAUUGCUUGUGCCAUGACAUUGUAAUAAAUACUGAAGUCUUACAUACAUUUGGAUCAUUUGUGUUUGAACUUCUUUGUUAUGAUCUCAGGAUUCUAAUAAGGUUGUGGUUCAAAAUUACAGCUAAAAAAUUUGAAAUGGCAAGUUCAUUUCCACAAUUGCACCGUUUAUGGCAAUUGAUAUGCUAAUUAUGCAAGGGACUGACUUUUUAUAUAUCGGAAUCACUAGCAAGAAUCAAAUUCGGGAACUUGUGUUGUGUUCAAUUGAGCCAUCCCUGAAAGCCACCCUUGUAUACAUCACUUGAGCAUAAUAAGAUAGAUAUUCAAACUUGCUUUGGC